UCCACAAGUGGAGGUGUCAGAAUCCGAGGGAUCUUAAGUAAUACCAUGUUCUCGAAGCUAUCAACCCGCGGCAUCGCCACCCGCCUGAGCUGCUUGGCCCAGAAGGCAGCUGCCCAGGAAUCAACCGCAUCCGCCGGAUCCCUCUCGGAGGCCGUCUACGCCCGCGAAAACAAGUACGGCGCCCACAACUACCACCCCCUGCCAGUGGCCCUGACCAAGGGCGAGGGCGCCUUCGUCUGGGACGUCGAGGGUAAACGCUACUUCGACUACUUGAGUGCCUAUUCGGCUGUUAACCAGGGACACUGCCAUCCGAAAAUCGUCAAGGCCCUAACCGAGCAGGCCUCCAAGUUGGCCUUGACAUCCCGUGCCUUCUAUUCGGAUGUCCUUGGAGAAUACGAGGAGUAUGUCACGAAGCUCUUUGGAUACGACAAGGUCCUGCCCAUGAACACCGGUGUCGAGGGUGGAGAAACUGCCUGUAAAUUGGCCCGCAAAUGGGGAUAUCUGCAAAAGGGCAUUCCCAAGAACCAGGCCAAGAUCAUCUUCGCCCGGAACAACUUCUGGGGCCGCACUCUGUCCGCCGUUUCCGCCUCUAAUGACCCCAGCAGCUAUGAAGGAUUUGGACCCUUCAUGCCAGGCUUCGAACUGAUUGAUUACGAUAAUGUUACUGCGCUGGAGGAGGCGCUCAAGGAUCCCAAUGUGUGCGCCUUUAUGGUGGAACCCAUUCAGGGUGAGGCCGGAGUGGUGGUGCCCAGCGAUGGCUAUCUGAAGAAAGUCCGGGAGCUGUGCUCCAAGCACAAUGUUCUCUGGAUUGCCGAUGAGGUGCAGACGGGAUUGGCAAGAACAGGAAAAAUGCUGGCGGUAAAUUACGAAGAGGUCCAACCAGAUAUUCUGAUCCUGGGCAAAGCCUUGUCCGGAGGCAUGUAUCCCGUGUCUGCGGUCCUCUGCAAUGACCAAGUUAUGCUCUGCAUUAAGCCCGGCGAGCACGGAUCCACCUAUGGUGGCAAUCCCUUGGGCUGCCGGGUGGCCAUGGCCGCUCUGGAGGUCCUACAGGAGGAGAAACUGGCGGAGAAUGCCUAUAAAAUGGGUGCGUUGCUGCGCAAGGAGCUGUCAGGUCUUCCCAAGGAAGUGGUUUCCGUAGUUCGCGGAAAAGGACUUCUCAACGCCAUUGUCAUUAAUCAGAAAUACGAUGCCUGGCAGGUGUGCCUGAAGCUCAAGGAGAACGGUCUCCUGGCGAAGCCAACUCACGGGGACAUCAUCCGAUUCGCCCCACCUCUGGUCAUCACUGAAAGCCAAAUGCGAGAGAGCAUUGACAUUAUUAAGGGGACCAUUCUGUCCAUGUAGAUCUUCGGACAAGAGCUCAUGUUGUGGCUCAAUAUUUUAAAGCUAAUUUUUUCGGUUAAGUUUCUUUUGGGAAGUCUGAAAUAACAUACAUUGUUAUAAUGCCUGUAUAACAAGGCCUAGAAAUGUACAAAAUAAAAACGAAAUCAUAUUCUAUUAUCAAU